AUAUAAUAUUUUCGUAAUUUGCUUAUGUAGAUUUAGUCCCUUCUAUACAGAAUUUCCAAUACAUACCCUCAAUGUUUUAAUUUAAAAGUUUUUUAGUGAAAGAUAUCAUGUGAAAUUCACUUGUAAGUUGUUUAUAAACCCAUGGAGUGCACCUCAACCUGCAUUGCAAUCAUCGAGCUCCCUCUGGGAACACCAUGUCAGAAGCUCAAUCCACUGAUCCUCUACCCAAAUACUUGCAAGAGAAUGAAAUAACCCAAGAAUGUUUGGAGCUAAUCCCCACCUUACCAAGGGAAAAGGGUUGGGUUGCAAGCCACCUCCACCAAUACCAAGGUUUUUGGCACAACACUAGGCAGCUACAAGGAGUUUUAUCAUGUCAAAAGCACUUUCAAGCCCAUAACACAGAUAUCUUCAUUGUCACCAUUCCCAAAUCAGGCACCACCUGGCUCAAGGCACUCACAUUUUCCUUGCUUAACCGCCACAAAUACCCAAAUAUCCAACAAAACCAUCCUCUGCUCACUCACAAUCCCCAUUUUCUUGUACCUUUCUUAGAGCUAGUCCUCUAUCAACCCAAAGACAGAGACUUUCCUCCUGAUCUCAACUCACUCCCCUCCCCAAGGCUCUUCUCCACUCAUCUCCCUCAUGUCUCAUUGCCAAAAUCCAUCGUAGACUCAUCUUGCAAGAUAGUUUAUCUUUGUAGAGACCCUAAAGACACUUUCAUUUCAAUGUGGUAUUUCACAAACAGGUUGAGACUUGAAAACAAAGGAACCAAUUCACUUGAAGAGGCUUUUGAGAAAUUCUGCAGAGGAGUAAGCCUAUGUGGGCCCUUUUGGGACCAUGUGCUGGGGUACUGGAAGAAGAGCUUGGAAGAGCCAGAAAAGGUAAUGUUCUUGAGGUUUGAAGAUAUGAAGAUGAAGCCUGCUUGUGUUUUGAAAGAACUUGCUAGGUUUUUGGGUUGCCCAUUUUCUGAAAAAGAAGAGGGUGCAGGGGUGGUGGAUGAGAUUAUCAAGCAGUGCAGUUUUGAUGAGUUGAGCAACUUAGAAGUGAAUAAGAAGGAAAAGCUGUCAUCUGGUGAAGAACACAAAGCUUUCUUUCGUCGUGGUGAAGUGGGAGAUUGGAAAAACCAUCUCACAGAUGAGAUGGUCGAACAAAUGAACACGAUUACUGAAAAGAAACUAGCUGAAGAUGGAUUAACAUUUUAGAUUUCGAUUAAUUCCUUCACAUAAGGUUAUCUUGCUACUAUGCUUGGAUGUGUCAGAAAGUCAUGGUAGACAACCACCAAAACUAAGAAAAACUGUUUUUAUCACAUUUUGAUGUAUCCAAACUUGCACUUAUUCGGCCAUUUAUAAUGAUUAAUUUGUCUUGAUUAAUCCUAACUGUCAGUUUCUAAGUAUCUUUUGUGUCAUUAUUUUUUUGUAAUU